CCGCCGCCCCCGCCCGCCCGGGCGCCCCCGAGCUGCGCCUCGGAGCCCGCGGAGCCGCGGCCGGCCGGGAGGCGCCUUGGAGCUCCUUCUGGUGCUGACGUGAUGACUGUGCGCAGGCCGGCCCAGAGCAGCCACAGCCUGAGUGAAACCCUGAGCUCCAGACUCGCUGACAAGGUCAAGGUGGAAGGUCCAAAGGCUGGCGAAGACCCUCGAAGGCUGCCAUUUAGGUCCCCCAUUCCUUUCCCAGAGACUUAUCAGGAUUCACCCCCCAGAAGAAGCUUUUUGGAAAGUCUCAAUAACCUGAUGCUAGAGUCAGAAGUGGACUGUUUUCAGCAGAACAUGUUCAGUUCAAAUAUGAUUAUCAGCGACCCAGCUUCAGAUCUCAGCAUUAAAGAAGCCAACAAGGCUGGCAAGAGGCAGCUCAGUGGUGUUCAGAACCCUUGCCCUCCUGCCCGAGGCGGGGCUCGGCACAAGCCCCUCAGUAUAAAGGACAAGAUAUCUGAAUGGGAAGGAAAGAGGGAGUUGCCCACUCCUACUCCUGCACCUGGCAGGAAAGCAGAUGGGCCAGAGGACUACCUGACAUCCUGUGUGAUGGGGAGGAGAAGCAGUGAUGUUGUGAGAGCGUGGGUCACAGAGGUUCAGGAUGGAACCAGGCCGGAAACAGAGAGCAAGGAGAAUGAGAGGAAUAAAGGGGUCGUGAAAGUUGGGGGUCAGGAUGCAGAGCCAAGGCAAGACCUCAGCCAGCCAGCUGGGCAGCUAGCUCCUGGCUUGGGCAGAGGCCGAGAGCCCAGGCUGGGCAAACAGCGCUUUCCGAACGAUAGCCUCUCUGUGCUGAGGCAGGUCAAGAAACUGGAGCAGGCUCUGAAGGAUGGGUCGGCAGGGUUGGAUCCCCAGUUACCAGGGACCUGUUAUUCCCCACACUGCCUGCCAGACAAGGCCGAGGAGGGGCCUGCCCUUCCUGAGAACCAUGGGGGCAGGCGUGGCUCUGAAUUCAGGUCCCACCACUGGGACCUGGAGGCCAGGGAGCCCACCUCUGAGGCUGCAGAGGAAAGGAAAGGGUCCUGCUGGAGGCCCUGCGAUCAGAGCCUGGAGGGUAUGGACAGGGGCUCAGAGAACUCCUCCACGAAACCCUUUAUCAACCCCCUGCCCAAACCUCGGAGAACGUUCAAACACGAUGGAGAAGGUGACAAGGACGGGAACCCAGGCAUCAGCUUCCCAAAGGAUAGAAGGCAUCUGCCUCCUCUGCCUUCUCUACCUCCCCCGCCCCUGCCCUCCUCUCCCCCACCCUCCUCCGUGAAUAGAAGACUGUGGACCGGGAGACCGAAACCCAGUGCUGACCACAGAAAGUCCUAUGAGUUUGAAGACUUGUUGCAGUCUUCCUCUGAGAACAGCAGGGUGGACUGGUAUGCACAGACUAAAUUGGGGCUCACACGCACUUUAUCAGAGGAGAACGUCUAUGAAGACAUCGUAGAUCCGCCAAUGAAGGAAAACCCUUAUGAGGAUGUUGAGUUACAUGGUCGCUGCCUGGGGAAGAAAUGUGUUUUGAACUUUCCUGCUUCUCCUACUUCUUCCAUUCCUGACACACCCUCCAAGUCAUUGGCCAAACCUGCUUUUUUAUAA